UUCAAGAACAGUUUUCGUCAGGUGGAGCAUUGUGGUUUACAGACCUCACGGCACCAGAUUCUACGUGGGUUUUGCCAGUUUUGCUUGGGCUCGUGAAUUUGCUGAUAGUGGAGAUCUUUACUUCGCAAAAAAUGAAAGUUUCCAGGUUCCAGAAGCUCGUCACCAAUUUCUUUCGAGUGGUGUCGGUACUAAUGAUCCCUGUUGCUGCCACAGUUCCCUCUUCCAUGACGUUGUACUGGCUGUCCUCGAGCUUGAUGGGACUCUCGCACAACCUCCUGCUGCGUUCUCCGACCUUCCGCCGCCUGUGUCGCAUCCCCAGGACCAAAUCUGACUCCGAUACUCCUUACACGGAUAUCGUGUCUGCCUUGGCUGCCAGAUACCGUUUGAACAAGUGA